AUGCGAAGAGUAUGGUUUUCAACGUUAACAAAUAGAGGAAUUCUUAAGUUCAACUAUAUCUCAUUUAUACUUUUAGGUUUGCUAUACCAAUCACUGAUAGGACUAGUUAGUGCCGAUUUUAAUUACGAAGGCUGUUAUAAUGCUAAAGAUGUUCAGUCUGGUGGACUCUCUCUCAAAAACUCAUACAUAUAUCAAUCAGUAUCUUAUUGCCAGAACCAGUGUCCUGAAUCAGCUGUAGUGGCACUAUUUGGUGGAUCGGAUUGUUACUGCGGUAAUUCGGUAACCUUUUUGAACUCCUUGACAAAAUCAACAGAUUCAAACUGUGAAUCUAAAUGCUCCGGCUGGCCCUACCAAAUGUGUGGUGGAUCAUCGUAUAUGAAUGUGUAUGUUAAUGCCGCGAUAUCAGUUUCAUCGGUGGAAUCCUCCUCUGUUAUAGAUGGAUCGAGCACUCUCUAUGUAUCUUCAUCCUCUCAAUCACAAUCAUCGAAGAGAGUCUCCUCAACCGCAAAAAAAACAUCAUCAGAUGUAACUAGUUCCACAACAUUAUCUUCUGUGUCAACCACAACAAGUUCUACUACUGCUUCUUCAGCACCCACCUCAACAUCAUCUACCACAUCUACCACAUCUUCCACAUCUUCCACAUCUACCACAUCUACCACAUCUACCACAUCUACCACAUCUACCACAUCUACCACAUCUUCCUCUACUACGUCUUCUACUACUUCCUCUACUACUACUUCUACUACUUCGACCUCUUCUAUUCCCUCCACUUCCUUACCUAUCAAGACACUGUCCUCACCCGGAAGCGUCACAGCCAAUAGCCAUACUUCUUCCCCUUUUUCCACUUUAAUGCAAAGACUUUCGAGUAGCAGCACAUCUUCAACUUCAACAACGACCUCAGUUACUUCCAGUACGUCGUCGAAGAUACCAAUAAUUACCUCAGUUGAAUUAAUCACUAGCGUGGUUACAAAAGCCAUUGUAAGUACUUCUGAUCAGCACCAGGAAACAAUAUUUGUAACAAAGACAUCAGUAGUUGAAAAAACUUCCGCAGUAGCUACGGCAGCUUCUUUGGAUAAUAAAUCUAGUUCAAAUUCCAAACGGCGUCUAAGUGGAGGAGCGAUUGCCGGUAUCGUUAUUGGUGUUGUGUUUGGUGUCACUUUUAUCAUUUUGGUUUUACUUUUUCUAAUAUGGAGGAGACGUAAAUCUGAGGACAUAUUAGACUUAGAGGAAACAAAGCAUUAUCAGCCCUAUUCCUUUGGUGACGAGGAUGCAAACCCAAUAAGGCCUCCCCCCUCCUCAGCUACGACGAAUUGGAUGAGACAUUCUAGGGGUAAUACAGCGGGUUCUAUCGGUACGAGUAAUAUGUAUGGUUUACCGAUGAGUAAUGGUGCAAAUUAUAGCAGUCCUAGUUCAAACGCUAGUGGAAGCAUUAUAAAUAACUUGGCUGGUUUACAAGAUGCUACGGUUCAGAAACAAAAUCUUCCAUCGACAGUAUUUGAAGAGGCAAACUCAUUGAAUAGCGUAAAUGAAAGGUUCAGUGCCAAUUCUCUACCUGACAUGAUGAUGAGCGGACCAUUGCAAGUGGUAAAUCCUGAUAAUCCUGAAAUAUCUAGUACCGUAUCCAAUAAUCGAGCGUGA